CCCGCGCCGGCCAACGAGAGCAAACCCAGUGACUCACCUCCGCCGCGCUAACUCCUUGCUAGCUCUCCCCUUCACACACGCUCACACCCGGCUCGAGAUGGCGGCGGCUGCGGCGGCGGCGGGGGACUCGGACUCCUGGGACGCGGACACGUUCUCAGUGGAAGACCCGGUGCGGAAGGUGGGGGGUGGCGGUACCGCCGGCGGGGACCGCUGGGAAGGCGAGGACGAGGACGAGGACGUCAAGGAUAACUGGGAUGACGAUGAUGACGAAAAAAAAGAGGAAGCAGAAGUAAAACCAGAAGUAAAAAUUUCAGAAAAGAAAAAAAUAGUAGAGAAGAUAAAAGAGAAAGAACGGCAACAGAAGAAAAGGCAAGAAGAAAUUAAAAAGAGGUUAGAAGAACCUGAAGAACCUAAAGUGCUAACACCAGAAGAACAAUUAGCAGAUAAACUGCGGCUAAAGAAAUUACAGGAAGAGUCAGACCUUGAAUUAGCAAAAGAAACUUUUGGUGUUAAUAAUAAUUCAGUUUUUGGAAUAGAUGCCAUGAACCCAUCUUCAAGAGAUGACUUCACAGAGUUUGGAAGGUUACUAAAAGAUAAAAUUACGCAGUAUGAAAAGUCACUAUAUUAUGCCAGUUUUUUGGAAGCCUUAGUUCGAGAUGUGUGUAUUUCAUUGGAAAUUGAUGACUUGAAAAAGAUUACCAAUUCAUUGACUGUGCUUUGCAGUGAAAAACAGAAGCAAGAAAAGCAAAGCAAAGCCAAAAAGAAGAAGAAAGGUGUGGUUCCUGGAGGGGGAUUAAAGGCCACCAUGAAAGACGAUCUGGCAGAUUAUGGUGGUUAUGAUGGAGGAUAUGUACAAGACUAUGAAGACUUCAUGUGACAUUUUAUCUUCUCCUGGUGUCUUCUUUCUGUUGCCCACAAUCCCUUCAACAUGUAGCACAACUUCCUUUCCUUUCAGUUCUGCCAAAUGCUACAAUCAGAAGUGCAGUAUCUUUUGUGCUGGUUAUUUAACCCCUUGACACUUAGGUGCUAACGUGCAAAUGAGGGAACUUGGAUCUUGCUGCCAAGGGGUUAAAAUCGGGAACCUCAGUUGCUACUAAAUCAUAGUUUAAAAAAAAAAAAUGAAAAAGCCUAAUAAUGUUGUCAUUGUUGCUAUCUGAUUCCAUAGCAGCAGUCAUUAAAUUGGAAACAAAGGUUGCAACAUGACAAAAAAUUGUGUAGUAUUUACCAGCACCAUUCAGUAAUACAGCCUUAACCAUACCUCCUUGAACUACUUCAUAACUUGUCGAGAAAAGCAGUUUGCAGCAGGGGCAUGUGGUGUGCACCUAGUAUUAAAAUUGCUUUGUCUUAAAAUUGAGUGUGAGGAUAUUAAAAAAUACAUUGUGAAGAAGACUGCUUAUCUCAGAGUGAAGAUACUGCAGCUGAAAAGCACUAGGUUUGAUACUCAAAAAUUAAAUGACCAAAACUCUCCAACUGCGAAGCUGAAGAAGUUAAAUCACUCCAUUACUGCAUUACAAGUUGUGGAAUCUCUGGAGUGCAUAGACUGUCUAGUUUUUAUUUAUCAGACUAUUUCUACUAAUGGAGUGCUUCAGAUGGGGGAGGGAAACUCUUUACCUGUUUUUAUUUGCCUGAUUUGAAUGUGUGAGAAACAAAUCUCCUCUGUUCUCCUAGGCUGCAAUGGAACAACUUUAACAGGGUUUUGGCAUUUCCUUUCCUUUAUAAAACAUGCUCAGCAAACUGCACCAGUUAAUUACAGUUUGGUAAAUUGUUAUGUUAACAAUUAUGACAUCUGCAAUGUUUUAUAAAGUAACUAAUUUAAUAAAAUCACUAUUGUGAGGACUUAAAUUUUGUGUUACCGCCCAAGAGAUAUUUUUGGAGAGUAUAGAACACAGCUCUCUUGGGAUAGAGAUUUCUAUAUACUUAUUAAAGCUUAAUAAAUGCUUGACGUAGUUACAGCAUUAAAAAUGAAUGAUUUGCCAGGUCCUUGAUAGAGUCACCAUAGAGCAACAAAAAUGUAUGGCUGCCUUCCUUCUCUUAUUUAUUUGGGGAAAUUAUUUUGUUGUUUAGAUACUAAGGCCUUAAGUGAGUACCUAGAAGAACUAUUUAUUUGGAGUAACUGAGCCUAUAACUUAGGGAUCUUUGUUAUUAUAUAGCUUCUCCUAAGUGAUUUAACCAAAUUUGUGGUUAGUCUUUUUUUUCUUAAUUGUCACAACCAGAAGUAGGGGCAGAACAAAAAAAUAUUAUUUUAAAUUUCUCUUAUAUAGGAAAUAAGAACAUCAAUGCUCUGUAGACUAUUAAGUGGAAAACCAUCUAAACAAUUUUUGAGGGAUUAACAGAAAGCAGUGACUACAUAGCAAUAACCACAGUAAAUAAAGAUUGUUUUAAGGCAGACAAGGGCUAAGAUUUCCUUAGCAGUAAUAAUGACAUACACUGAAUUUAAAAUCUAUUUUAUUAUCAAAAGACCAGUUUCUAACAAGUUAAAAUGUAUCACCUGUUUCUUAAUUGUGCAAAUAAUAUUAAAUUUCUUUGAAACUGGAAUCUGCAGACACAGGUAUUCUUUAAUUGUUAUUGUAUCACCUCCUAAUGUAGAAGCCAUCCAGAGGAAGAGGAAGCUUUUGCUCUUAAUACGAGUAUCCACAUAAAAUGGUAUAGAAGAACAAUCACUUUUAAAUAGGAAUUUUCUUAUGAAAAAUCUCUCAUUCUUUACCCACCACCCACAAAGGACUGAUACAGUACAGUCUUGGGCUUUUUUUUUUUUUUUUUAACUUGGACAACAUAUAUUCCCAAUGCGUUGUUCUACUCUGACUGGGGACAUCAGUCAGAAUCUCAUAUUAGUACAAGAAAAGAGGCAUCUAUGAAAAUCAUCUAACCUGACAGCAUGUCCUUUAGACAGCAACCUGUCUGAGGGUCCUUCAGAAGCACAUUUACAAUUUCAUAAAAUUUGUGUUCAUAUGCCAACUUGUAAUAUAGGUAGACAUCUUCACAAUAUGUGAGUAACUUCUUCAGGUUUUCCGUGACCACGUCAGUAGGCUGAUGUUGUUUAUAUCUAGGCAAAGAAACAAAAAAUUAUAGGUUAAGAUAUCUAGUGUGAGGGCUGUUAGGUCUGACAGCACUACCUACAGGGGAGAUGGUGCUGGAGUCUGGGAAAUUAUCUCAGACUAGUAUAGGGGGUGCUUGAUAAAUUAUUUCAUUAGAAACGAGUAUGUUAAUACUCACCUUAAUUAGAAUAAGUUUAGCAUUCCAAAGGGAACCUCUUGAUAUUUAGGGUUUUGGGCACCUCACUCAAGCUGAGUAGCUAUUUUCCCAUUUUAAGUACAAAGCACCAUAAGCAAACAGUUCUCGUUCAUCUGUUUGCAUAAAUCUAUUAAAAGCCCUCUUCCUUCUGGGGAUUCCUGACAUCUCUUUGCCAUUUUAAACAGAGGGGUAGCUAAAAGUUUGUUGUACUUAGCCAUAAAAUUCUUGUUUCUGUCUCACCUCAAAGCAGAGGCAAGGAGAAAUGCUUACAGUCAAAUUUUAAUACUUACUUUUUUGAAAUCUCUUCAAAUAUGCUUGAUCUUAAUAACCUUUGCUGCUUAAAUUCUUCUAAGUAAUUAAAGUCACCUUUAAGAAUCACUUGUUGGUAUAGGAUUUCAGCCCAAUCUGGAACAAAGUCAUAGGCCUCAGCGACAAUAGAAGCCUUAAAAGGAUGAAGUGUCCAUACCGGCCAGCCGCCAAAACCAAAAAGGAUGGAAGUGAAGGAUACCAUCAGAACCCAUUUGAUGUUAAACUGAAGGCAAAAUCUUCUAGAAAACAAUACUAUAUACACUCAUAUAAUGAAUAUGAUCAUUACCAAUUAUGUUAAAAGGUUCUAGCUAUCUGAAUUGAUGAAAAGCCUGGUGUUAAGUUUGGCAUUUCCCGUCCCAUAACCCCCAAAUACCGUCCUUCAGUGUUUUUAAUCUUCCUCACAGUGGAUUAAUAAAACUGCUGACCAUGAAUAA